AUUGCAAAACAAAAAUCAGAGCUGCUGUCAGAAAAAGAAAAAUCAGAGCCGAGAGAGGACGGAAAGGAAAGGAGGCGAUACUGAAACAAGUCAGUCAGUCUUCUCCCUCUGUCUCUGUGCUGCUGCGUGCGCCUUUGCGUCGGAGAUUGCCAAGUUUAGAUUCGAGGAGGAGUACUAGGGCUCUCCCUCUCCUUGCCGGGGUCGUAUCGGAACCAGUGAUUGUCUCCAUUCCAAGCGGGCCAAGAUUAUUUUACGCAGGAAUGUCAUCAGCCAGCUCUUCUCAGCUCCCAGCGCCAUCGGAGGGGGAAUCUACAACAGCUAAUGAUAAUGCAAGACCUCAUGAUCCAGGGACUGAUUCUGCUGGACCAGCAAGAAGCAGACUUUCAUUGCAGUUGGAUAAGCGGUCGUUACAUUUUUCUGUUAAUGCUUGGGUUCUUAUUGUUGCGUUGAUUGGCAUCCUUCCACUGGCAACCCAGCAACUGCAAUACAAGGGAUAUCGUUUGUCACUUCUUGGCACAACCUGUACCACAGGUUAUGCUUUAUUUGCUCUUUAUGGGCUACCCGGAGCAGGAAACACACAGGCUGUUCAGGUCUGGUGUCACCAUGUAACUUCAUCGAAGGAUUUUAUACCAUUCAUGUACUGCCUUAUGUUUGUUACGUCUAAACUACACUUUAAGCUUGUUUUGGUACCGGUAAUUUGUUGGGCACUCGAACAUGUGGCCAGAUUUCUACGGCGCCAUUUUACUAAUUCCUCUCUGUACAGGGCAUACUUGGAGCCACUUUGUACAUGGGUUGAGACAAACACAACUGCAGUAAACUUUCUGUGUGCAAAUGCAGAGAUUUUGUUGGGCUUUCUUUUGAUCUUAUCCCUGUUCUCGAAAAAACGUAAUGCUAUGCAAACAUUCAUGUACUGGCAGUUGCUGAAGCUCAUGUAUCACUCUCCUUUCACUGCUGGUUACCACAGAGCUAUCUGGCUUAAAAUUGGCCGAACAGUUAACCCCUACAUCCACAGUUACACCCCUUUUCUUCAUGACCCAAUAAACGCUGGCAUAAGAUGGUGGUUCAGGUAGGAUGGUUAUGGCUCCAACACCAUUUAAAGGAAUAUAAAUGUUUUUGGUGAUGUUUUACAGUUUAACCCAACGAUAAUCUUUGUUUAGCAAGGGGAGCUUUUGUGAGUGACCUGUUAUAACUCCUUUUUUGUGACAUUGAGCUGAUGAUAAUUUUUAGUUAGUGAUCAGGAACUCCUGGAACUUUGCCCGUGAUUGUAGAACUUAGUCAAGAUCUCAGGCUGUGAUCUGUUUGCCAUGAAGUGAAAAUUGGGAAGUGAUUUCUAUUGUUUAACCGAA